AUGGCCCGGGGCGUCCACGUGGGGGCGGUCUCCGUGGUGGCCGCGCCUGGGGUCGCGGUAGACCGAGAACUCCCCCUGGAGAGGUUGUGUGGGUGGAGCGGGCUCGGCGCCCCGAUGACUCCGGCCCAGUCUGGGUGCCUCGGAGGCCCCCGAGAGCUCAGAGCUGGGGGGGCGCCCCUGGCGGUGAAGGAACGGGGCCGGGAUGGGAUGUGCCUCCGGAGGACCGAGGCUCCCCAGAGCCGCCUAGCGGAGAUGUGUGGGUGCCUCGGGGCCGGCAACGUGCAGCAGCUGCAGAGGGAGGUGGGCUGUGCCUACAGAGACAUGAGGCUGAGCUGGGUCCUGACAAUACUGUCCAUUUGCCUGAGUGCCCUGGCCACAGCCACGGGGGCCGAAGGCAAACGGAAGCUGCAGAUUGGAGUGAAGAAACGCGUGGACCACUGUCCCAUCAAGUCUAGAAAGGGAGAUGUCUUACACAUGCACUACACGGGGAAGCUAGAAGAUGGGACGGAGUUUGACAGCAGUCUACCACAGAACCAGCCCUUUGUCUUCUCCCUCGGCACUGGCCAGGUCAUCAAGGGCUGGGACCAGGGGCUGCUGGGGAUGUGUGAAGGGGAAAAGCGGAAGCUGGUGAUCCCGUCUGAGCUGGGGUAUGGAGAGCGGGGAGCUCCCCCAAAGAUCCCAGGUGGAGCAACCCUGGUGUUUGAGGUGGAGCUGCUCAAGAUUGAGCGACGUUCAGAACUGUAGCAGGCUGCAGAGGGGUAGGAGACCCCGUCAGGGACCAGACUGCUUCAAAACAAAAAAAAAAAAACCCUCUAAAACCCCAA